AUGAAGAGGAUGGCUCUCCUCCCAGCCUGGCUGCUGCUGGCUGUCGUGCUCUCAGCUGAUGGAAGUGUUGGCCCGAGCACCAACAGCAGCUUCUGCACCGAGUCAAAGGAAUGUCUGGAAUAUCUUCUGGUCUGCAAAACGGACGAGUACGAGGUGCGGCACUACAGCCCCACCCGCUGGGUGUCCACCGACGCCGAGGCCUAUUUCAUGGGCGUGGGUGCAGCCAUGGCCUUCAGGAGACUUUUCCAGUACAUCAAUGGAGCCAACGAGGGAGGCUUCCAGAUGGAGAUGACCGCUCCAGUCCUGGUGAAGAUCCCAGAGGAGACCAGGAUGUGGGAGCCGGCCGUGUACUCGCUCGGCUUCCCGCUGCCGGCGGCCUAUCAGGAGAAGCCGCCGGCGCCCACCAGCAACAAGCUGUACUUCUCUGAGAUGCCUGAGAUGGACGUGUACGUGAGGAGUUAUGGCGGCUGGAUGCUGUCCGUCACCUCCAGGCUUCACGCCCACCUGCUGACCGAGGAACUGGGCAGAGUGGGAGCGUCCUACAACCACAGCUACCACUACGGAGUGGGCUACGACAGUCCCUUGAAGCUGCUGAACCGGCACAAUGAGGUCUGGUAUGUGUCCGAGGGGGAGCUGGUCUGCACAGACCCACAAGAGCCCACCCCUGCACACACACCCAGACCGACUGUCACCAACUCCCCCUCAGACUCCCCAUCUGAGCCCCUUCCACACACUCUCUCCCCCUCCCCCCCCCCCUCCAACCUCUCCUCAUACGUAGCAUCCAACUCCUCUUUUCAGACGCCCUCCGACAGCCCCGCCCUCCCCCCGUCCAAUGCCCCGCCCAGUCCUUCUUCCAACCGGCCCGCCGCCGCCGCGUUCAGCCACCCCCCCACCUCCGCCCAGAUCUCGCUGGACCCGACCAGCAGCAACGCCUCGGCCGUCCCGUCCCCGGAGCCCCGGGCCGGCGGCGCCCCGUGGAACAGCACGGCCUCGCUGUGA